AUGAGUCCAAUGCGCCAUCUUCACCUGGACCCGUCAAAGAGGCAGCCUCUACUCAAAGACCAAGAAAGCCCUAAUGAGGCGCCCAAGUCGGUACCAGUCAGCAAGGUAUUCACCCACCCAAAGGGCUCCAGUAAUGACGAAGACGCGAGUAUCUACUUCAUCGGCACGGCUACCACGGUGAUCGAAUGGGAGGGCAUACGCAUCCUUACUGACCCUAAUUUUUUACACGCUGGAGACCAUGUCCACCUCGGCCCUGGAGUCACAGCCCAGCGUAAGACCAAUCCGGCCGUCGACCUCCACGAGCUGCCUUCGCUGGACUGCAUCCUGCUCUCGCAUUACCACGAAGACCACUUUGAUCAGUUGGUGGAGAAGUCUCUCAACCGGGAAUUCAACAUCAUCAGCACGCCACAUGCGAAGGACUGCCUCACCACCAAGGCCGAGCCAUUCAAGGCCGUCCGUGAUCUGGACUUCUUCGACAGCAUGAUGCUGCACGUCGACGGCGGAGGCCACACCAACGCAGGCGGGUAUGGGAAGGUGCGCGUCAUCAAGGUCACAGGCACGCCCGGGAAGCACGUGCCGCCGGGUCCUCUCUCCAUAGCCAACGACCUACUCCACGCCGUGCCGCCGACCAAUGGAUGGCUCCUGGAGCUCGGCCACAGCUACAAGGCGCCGACGGGCGGCGACCCGGAGUCGAUCGAGACGGGCUACCGGAUCUACAUCUCGGGCGACACGCUCCUUGUCGACGAGCUGAAGGAGAUCCCGCAGCGGCUGGGCAGAGAAAAUAUCGACCUGAUGCUGGUGCACCUGGGCGGGACGACGAUCCUGGGCCGUUCGAUGCCGCUGCUGAUGGUGACGAUGGACGCCGAGCAGGGCCUGAAGCUGAUGCAGCUCAUGGAUCCCGACGUGACGAUCCCGAUCCACUUCGAUGACUAUGAUGCCUUCCUGUCGCCGCUGAGUGACUUCAAGAAGAAGGUCGAUGAGGGAGGGUGGAAGGAGCGGGUGGUUUACCUUGACCGCGGCGAGCAGUACCGCUUCAAAGUUCGGGGCAAGUAA